AUAAGGCCAUGCCCUGCGCAACCAGAUUUGACUCCGGGUUUCCAACUUCUCCCCUUCCUGUUGCGCUCCUCUCAUCGCAUCGCAUCGCCCUGCAUCUACCGCCUCGGAACCCAUACCCGCCUCAUCUCACCAUCACGCCGCCAUCUCUCGUUCGUCGCUCACGCUGCUAGCUCAAUCGCAUUCUCGUGAUUUGAGGCGUGGAGACGGGUCGUUGCAGUGGUGGCUCUGUGUGUAGAUCUGGGGUUUGGAACCAUUUGAAGCCGGGGAGGAUUUUGAUCCGGGUGGGGGGUGUUGGGUUGCUGAGCGAUUCUGUGCGCUGAUAAUAGGAUUUUGUGGGAGUUGGGUUCGGUCGUGAGCUUACGAAUUUUCGGGAAGGAUUCGGGAAAUUGGGGGUGGUUUCUCGAGCUGUUAGUGACAUUGCAUUUGCGGAUUUGGGAGAGUGUGUGUUUGUGAAGUGUUAGUUUUUGCGGGUGGUCGCGGAGGAGGUGUCCGGAUUAAAUUCCGGUUGGGCUUUUUAUUGUUUUUGGGUCGUUCUUUCCUUCCCAGCACCAUGAAGGCAUUGAUUUUGGUCGGUGGAUUCGGAACCAGACUGAGGCCGCUCACUUUGAGUGUGCCCAAGCCCCUGGUGGAUUUCGCCAACAAGCCUAUGAUUCUGCACCAGAUUGAAGCGUUGAAAGCAGUCGGUGUGGAUGAAGUCGUCUUGGCUAUCAACUAUCAGCCUGAGGUGAUGAUGAAUUUUCUGAGAGACUUUGAGAAGAGCCUUGGCAUCAAAAUUACCUGCUCUCAGGAGACCGAGCCCAUGGGCACAGCAGGUCCUCUCGCCCUAGCGAGAAACAAGCUUGACGAUGGUUCUGGUGAGGCAUUCUUCGUGUUGAAUUCUGAUGUUAUCAGCGAGUACCCUCUAAGGCAAAUGGUAGAAUUCCAUAAGAAGCACGGUGGCGAGGCUACCAUAAUGGUCACUAAGGUCGAUGAACCUUCCAAGUACGGAGUGGUGGUCAUGGACGAAUCGAACGGUUGCGUGCAAAGGUUUGUGGAAAAGCCGCAGCAGUUUGUGGGCAACAAGAUCAAUGCAGGAAUCUAUCUCCUUAGCCCAAAAACUUUGAACAGGAUUGAGCUCCGGCCUACAUCCAUCGAGAAGGAAGUGUUCCCCAAAAUUGCAGCAGAGAAGAAUUUGUUCGCUAUGGUCUUGCCAGGCUUCUGGAUGGACAUCGGUCAACCCAGGGACUACAACACCGGUCUUCGAUUGUACCUCGAGUCUUUGCGGAAGAAGGAUCCAGAGAGGCUGGCAUCAGGAUCCACAUUCUUGGGCAAUGUGAUCGUUGACGAGAGCGCUAAAAUCGGAGAUGGAUGCCUGAUUGGACCGGACGUCUCCAUUGGACAGGGAUGCACAAUCGAAGCAGGCGUGCGUCUCUCCCGCUGCACAAUCAUGCGGGGCGUUCGAGUGAAGAAGCACGCUUGCAUUUCUGGGAGUAUAAUUGGAUGGCAUUGUACUAUUGGACAAUGGGCAAGGAUUGAGAACAUGACUGUGUUGGGCGAAGAUGUCCGCGUCUCAGACGAGAUCUUCAGUAACGGAGGAGUAGUGCUACCGCACAAGGAGAUCAAAACUUCCAUCCUGAAACCUGAGAUUGUCAUGUGAUUGAGCCUCUCAUUUUAGAAAUCUUAUCCAUACAAACUGAUAGAUCUCCAUCUUUCUCUAUAUCAGGAGCUUAGAUGCUUUCAAGCUGCUAACAGUGGACGUCGUUCUCAUCAGAAAUGAGAUUGAAACAGUCUACCACAGCGCUUGGGAGGAUCGGAAUCAAUUCCCUGUCCUGUGUGAUUUACGGUCUAUUUUUUGUCAUAUUCGAACAGGUAACAUGCACCUUGUAGAGAAGUCGACCCACAGAGACUGGCAUAGCUUAGAAUUCUCGUAGAGUUAGAUUAGGAGGUUGAAUGAUGUUUCAGAAAUUAGAAGGGACGGUGCUGAUGUCGGUUGCGGUUUCAACGUGCGCUGUGCUCACCGAGGGAAGCGAUGGGUGAGGAAGGGGCUGAUUGGCUUGGCAGUGGUAUAUGCCAAGUUGAAGGUCUGAAUAAGUAGCCGGAAGACGUGAGCAGAUGCAGAUAGAGAGACAGACAGACAGACGAAUGACUACAUACGCGAGGAUAACAUGACCUUGAUGAUUUUUAUGAAGCCUGUUGCUUCCAGGUAAACUCAAGCAGCCGUUUGAGUUUGUAAUAACAGGUGUUUACUUGAAUAGAAGUUCUUACGCCUUUGUGAAUGGAUCA